AUGCUGACCGGAGGGAUCGCUGCUCCGGCAUCUCCAAGGUGAGGCUCCGUCUGCAACUCCGCAGGAGUCCACAAGCACUCGGCAAGCUGCUGACACAGUGGCUGGAAGACCGUCCCUUACUUCUCUUUCGCACAUAUUCUCUGCUCUUCUCCACUGCCCGUCAUUGUCUCUGCCCUGUACUCUAGUCUACUCUCUUACUCCGCGGACGAAAGUCCAACGGAUCACCGCAUCACCACUUCCAAGAUGAAGCUUCGUUUGCAACCCUGCAAGAGGUCACAAGGUAAGUUAAGCCCCAGGUAAGUCGGAUAUCGUUCUGUUGCGUUUGCUUUUUGUUGUUAUGGCCUACUUGCUUUAUGUCUGCUCGUUCGUGUCCGUCCUCAUUGUAAGCUAAAUGUUGUUCUGUUGAAUCUGUCUGCUCACCGUUUAUAUUUUAGCAAUCAGUUAGCUUAGAGAGGGACGGGAAAGCUCUGCAUCCCGUCUCCCCACCCUCCCCCCUACAAGUCCUACGGCGUGGGUGACAGCGAUAUCGUAGGCGGUCCAGGAUAACUCGGGUCGUUCUCCCACUAACUCAAGACGUGGCCCAUAAUGGAGUAUGACAACCGUCUGUAUGUCCGAUCAGCCCUAGUUAGGGACAGCGUUGCUCACCCCGCGAGGGGGAAGGAGCUAGAAAAGGUGUUCUAAACAAAUUCUGGGAUCACGGACUCCGCGCUGAAAGCGACUCGCAGACGCAAAACACACAGUCGAACCAGUCAAACAAGAAGUAAUACUCUUUGCUUCCGCUGCCCCUACCCGUCGCCCCACCCCACAGACUGGUGGGGUGAGUCCGCUCAGUCUGGCAGCCUGGAAUGUUCGCUCCAUUUUAGACAAUCUCAGGAGCAACCGACCGGAACGGAGGAGGGUGUUAGUGGCUCGUGAACUGGCGCGCUACAAGGUGGGCAUGGCCGCAGUCAGCGAGACCCAGUUCUCCAAACAAGGCCAACUGGAGGAGGUGGAUGCCGGCUACACCUUCGUCUGGAGUGGUCGCCCCAAGGCAGGGCGACGGGACGUGGGCGUCGCCCUUGCCAUCCGGAAUGACAUCGUGGGUCGACUACCCUGUCUGCCAUAGGGCAUCAAUGAUUGCCUGAUGAGCCUCCGACUGCCUCUCUAAGGAGACAAAUUCGCCAUUAUCGUCAUCACCAUUCGCCGCCCCCAUUACCAGUCCUGAUGCUUCAAGGAACAAGUUAUACGAGGACCUGCACGCCAUCCUUUCGAAGGCGGAUAAGUUGAUUGUCCUUGGUGACUUCAAUGCUUGCGUCGGCACAGACCAUGCUGUUUGGAGAGGAGUACUAGGUCCACAUGGUCCCGGCGGCUCCAAAGACAAUGGCCUUCUGAUGCGAGAGAAGGCCACCUGGAUGCACCCUCUGUCGCGACACGGUCACCUGCUGGACUACUUCUUCGUCCGGAGGCGAGACCAGCGGGAUGUGCUGGUGACAAAGGCGAUCCCCGAUGUCGAUGGGUGAACUGACCAUCGCCGCGUCAUCUCGCAGAUGCGGAUCCGCCUACAGCCACGUAGGAGACCUCGACAUAAGCGACCCCCAGGUAAGCUGAAUAUUGCUUUGUUGUCUUUGCCUGCUCACCAGUUCCAUUUCAGCAAUGAACUAGCCAACCCUCAAGUUGCCGCCUCUGCGGUCGCCGCCGCUGUUGCCAACGAGAACGCCUCUGUGGAUAACUGAUGGUGCCAGAUCCGGGGCACAGUCCAGUCGAUCGUCCUGGCUGUCCCCGGGUGCGCACGUUGCCAACACCAAGACUGGUUCGAUGACAACGACGUCGCCAUCAGAAACCUACUCGCCGAGAAGGACCGCCUGCACAAAGCCUACUUCGACGGCCCCAUCAACGACAACAAAGAAGUCUUCUACCGUACUUUCCGCCCUGUGCAACAGCGGCUGCCGGAGAUGCAGGACUAUUGGACGGGUCGCAAGGCCGAGGAAAUUCAAAGUUAUGUCGAUCGCAACGAAUGUAAGGAAUUCUUUGCCACGAUCAAGGCUGUCUGCGGUCUCACAGCCAAAGCAUAUUCUGCUCUUCUCAAUGCCCAAGGAAGCACCCUACUUGCUUAGUGGACGGCAAUUCUUCAGCGAUGGGCCGAACACUUCAGAAGCGUCCUCAACCGUCCCUCCACCAUAUCCAGCGCCUCAACUGCCCGUCAGCCUCAAGUAGAGACCAACGCCUACCUUGACAUCCCGUCCUCUCUCCUCGAAAUCAUCAGAGCCCUGCAACAGCUUUCCAAGGGGAAAGCGUCCGGUUCGGACGCGAUCCCUACUGAGAUCUACAAACACGAUGACUCCCAACUCAUGAAUCAUCAGAUGGCGCUCUUCCAGGAAAUGUGGCGUCAAGGACAAGUCCCGCAGAAUUCCAAGAACGCCACAAUCUUCCACCCCUACAUGCGCAAAGGUAAUAUUCAGCUCUACGACAACCAUCGAGGCAUCUCCCUGCUGAACGUCACCGGGAGGAUCUUCGCUCGCAUCCUUCUCAACCUUCUGAACAACUAUCAGGAACAGGAUCUCCUGCCGGAAAGCCAGUGCGGUCUCCGACGUCAUCGUUGA